AUGUUGAAGCCCAGUAGGACUCUAUUUCUACUCCCGUGUGCUGUUCAAUCUCUUGAGGUAAGAGUGAUAUUAUUAAAGCAUUAUGCCGAGGCGAAAACAUUUGAGACGGGUUAUCGUGGUGCAUGGUUUCGAUGCAAGAUAAGAGAGAUCAGUUGGAGAAAGGGAGAGAGAGAAUAUCUCUUAGAAUAUUUCGACUUUCCAGAAGAAAAGUUAGGGCUGAUGAAUCCAUAUCAGUUCCCUGCUUCUUACCGAGGGAUGGCGAAAAAGAAACAAAGAAUGUUGAUGGUGGGGGAUUUGGUUGAAUGGUGGACGAAUGAUUGCUACUGGUCUGGAAGAAUAAAACAGUUAGUAGGUGAAGAUAAGGCCAUGAUUGAGUUUCCAAAACCACCUUUGGGUGAAGGCACACCUGAUGAAAAAGCUUCUCUCAAGGAUCUGCGCCCUUCUUUGGACUGGUCUCCAGAAUAUGGUUGGAUUCUGCCUACUCCGGGAGGUGAAAAACCUGGUCGCCCUUGGGCUCGGCUUAUCAAACCUGGAGAUCAGGGUCAAGUAUUAGAGGCCGGUGAAAAGAAAGCUGGAUCGUCACCCAAUGAAUCCUUCUCUUCUCAUACUUCACUCAUAACUUUAGCAGCUCCAGAUGAAUUGAAGGGAAACGAAACAGGGGGGUUACAUGAACUAUCUUUGGGAAACACAGUUUUGAAAGAGCUGGACACUCAAGAAACAAAUAUUGCCUUAGAUGGUGGGGACAGUAGUACAAGGAAAACAUGUUUGUUGGAUACUGAUUCUAGUUCACGUAUGAGAGAGACUCUAGCUGAACCUACGACUGAAGCUGCCGAGGGGGACCCGUAUUGUUCCAGUUGUCCCUUGAAGAAGUACCCGGCUAGCGGAGGGAUGACUUCAAAUUCUAUGGGCUCCAACACAUUGGAAUCAGCUAUAUUGGACUUGGAGGAACUCGCCUCAAUGGAAAGUUAUGGAACACGUUGCUUCCUCAUCCAUGCCAAAUUAAGUGCUUUUGAAAUGUUGCCAGAAAUUUUUAGGUAUGCAUGUUUUUAG